CCGAGAGAUUCAGGAAUGGUGCUGCUAAAACCAACAGACAUCACGGCACGGGGUUUAAUCUUGUUGUUUUACUUGGUAUUUUAUGGCUUCCUGGCAGCACUCUUUACAUUCACAAUGUGGGUUAUGCUUCAGACGCUGAGCAGUGAUAUUCCCAAAUAUCGUGAUCGGAUUUCCAGUCCAGGACUUAUGAUUUCACCAAAGCCAGUCACUGCAUUGGAAUUUGCUUUUAACAAGUCUGACUCUCGGUCGUAUGAGACGUACACUGCUUCACUUAGAAAUUUUCUUGCAUCAUAUAAUGACUCAAAACAAUCCAGAAACAUAGUAUGUACUUCAGGACAACCGUUUGAGCAGAAGGAGGAUCUUGGUAAAAAGGCAUGUCGAUUUAAUCGUACUCAGCUUGGACCGUGCUCUGGACUUGAAGAUGAGAAUUUUGGCUAUGCUAAAGGAACUCCAUGUGUACUUGUGAAAAUGAAUAGAAUAAUCGGAUUGAAGCCCGAAGGAGAACCAUAUAUACAGUGCUUUUCUAAGGAAGAAGGCAAGGUUCAGAUAACUUAUUUUCCUGCUGGGGGUACAAUUGACUUAAUGUAUUUCCCAUACUAUGGAAAAAAGCUGCAUGCUCAUUAUCUACAGCCACUAGUGGCUGUUCAGCUAGCAAUUAACUCCAACAGUACCAAAGAAGAAAUAACAAUUGAGUGUAAGAUCCUGGGCUCACCCAAUUUAAAAAAUGAAGAUGACCGUGACAAGUUUCUGGGACGAAUUUCCUUCAAAGUUCAGAUGUCUGAAUAGCAGUCAGAAAAUCACCAUAAAGUAAAUAUUAUGUUGUCUGUCUGGGUUUUUUAGUUUGUUUGUUUUUUUUUGUUUUUUGUUGGUUGGUUGGUUGGGUGUGUUUUUGGUUUUGUUUUUUCUAUCAGCAGGACCUGCCAUUUUAGGAUUUAAGAUCACCUUGAAGAAUUUUGGGGUGGCAUGUGGCAUUCAGGGUAGCAUAAUAAUGUGCUUCCAAACUGCAUUUAAAAUCCCACGUAAAAUAACUGUAGUCCAGGCUUCUGUUUGCCUCAUUGAACCAGUGUACAGACCAUACUUAUGCCAUAUUAGGAACCUGUAAAUAGCUAAUUCCAAACAUGUAAUAACGGUGGUCUUUCUCCUAUUUUAAAAUAUGGUUUUAUCCCCAAGUGAGUGUCUCAAGCUUAUGUGCUAUGCUAUGUAAAUAUUGUACUGAUUUAACACUGGUUUAACUGUCAUAUAUGAAUGCUGACACACGUUUAGGGAUAAGUAAUAAGAAUAAAUGGUAUCUGACCAAGAUAAAGAAAAGAAAACCACAAAACUUUGCAAGAAUUGUGUGUAUGUAUGUGGAAAUGCCUUAAGUUCUGUAUUGGGUGGGUGGGGGGAAUGGAAAUAAAGUGGAUUUUAAAAGUG